UUUACAUUGAGAAUGAAACACAAAAUUUCAUCACUCGUCAUUACCAAUAUACCUAGACCAUGUGCAGUGUUCAAGACGGCGAGGAAAUUUCUCCUGUUCGGAGAGAAAAAAUAGUGGAGGAAAGAACAUGUAUGAAGUGUGAGAAGAAAGCUGUUUUAGUGACUCGAGUCAACGAUGCUUUCUGUAGGGAGUGCUUUAUGGUGUAUGUGACUCAUAAAUUCCGUGCGGCGAUCGGGAAGUCAAAGCUGAUUCGAGAUGGGGAGAGAGUGCUUGUUGGUGUGUCUGGGGGUCAGGCCUCCAGUUGUCUUCUACAUCUGAUUCAGGAGGGACUUAGUGGCCGUGCACAUAAGAAGUUAAGAUUCCAACCUGGGCUUGUCUUUAUUGAUGAGGGUGUCACAGUGGGGAUGUCAGCUGAGGAAAGACUGACAACAUGUACACAGGUGUUAGAGAUCAUGGAAAAAACAGGAUUUCCCUGCUACCUCAAGGCUCUGGAACAAGCCAUGGAGUUGGAUAGAGAGAAUGCUUCAAAUUCACCACAAUAUUCUGCUGUAGAGACAAAAGAAUCUGACACAGCCUUGGGGACUUCUGGUAAAUCUGUGGAAAAUAUGGCUAAAUUCCACAAGUAUGAUGAAGCAGAGGAGAAGCUUAAAGUCCUUCUAAACUCACUGAAAUCUGUCACUGCUAAAGAGGACCUUAUCAAAAGUCUCAGACAGAACAUUCUGAUUGACCUUGCUUGUAAGAAAGGUUACUCCAAGGUAAUGUUGGGGCACUGCAGUACCAGACUGGCUGUCCAUCUGCUCACUGACAUAGCUCAGGGCAGGGGGGCACAUGUUGCCAUGGAUACAGCAUUUGCAGAUACAAGGUGCAGUGACAUCACUAUUGUUAGACCUAUCAGAGACUUCAGCAGUAAAGAGGUCACAAUGUACAAUAUCCUGAACAAUGUACCUACUGUUUUUAUUCCGACAAUUACUACUAAGGCACCUGACAGUGCAAGUAUAGAGCACCUUACAGAGAAGUUUGUGACAGGGUUACAGGCAGACUAUCCCUCAACAACCAGCAAUAUAAUGAGGACUGGUGAAAAGUUACACACAGAAAAGAAAAAGGACACAGAGAGUCAGUGUGCUGUUUGUCAGGCCCCCCUGGACACAGAUGUACCGCCAUCUUCAGCCCUGAGUGCUGUCCAGUUUUCAGAGACUGUGUCUCGUUGUAGUAGUGUCACACUCUCUAUCUGUAACAGUGAUAAAGAAUGCUGUGGGCGUGGUGACGGGAGCUGUCAAUCAAAAGAUCCAACGUUAACACGAGAGGAUGUCAUAUCAGCCCUCUGUUAUGCUUGCAGACUCUUGAUAAAAGAAUUGGAUGAUGUGAAUAAGUUGCCAAAGCAUAUCCUUGAUGACAUCAGCAAGAGACAAAGAAGGAUAAAGAUGAAGACAGAAAUCGAGGAUUUCCUACUGGACACGGAGGAUCAUGUUUAGAAUAACACAAAUUUUUAAAAAAAAAAUUUCUGUGAUUCAGAAGAGUAAUUUUAUAAAUAUUUGA